GGAGGAAGAAGAGAAGAAGAAGAAGGAGAAGAAGAAGAAGAAGAGAGUGAGAAUCCCUCUUAUCCGCUCCAGGACUUGUCUCCGAGGCCAUGAUCAACGUGGAGAUGUGUUUGGUCUUCCUGGUGCUGUGGAUGUGUGUUUGGUCCCAGGAAUCGGGCAAAGUGGUGGCCGAUCGUUACGCUGUGUACUGGAACAGCACUAACCCCAGGUUCCAGAAGGGUGAUUACCACAUUGAAGUCUGCAUCAAUGACUACCUGGAUGUUUUCUGCCCUCAUUAUGAGGACUCUGUCCCAGAAGACAAGACGGAGCGCUACGUUCUCUACAUGGUGAACUUUGAUGGCUACAGAUCGUGUGAUCACACCUCCAAAGGAUUCAAGCGUUGGGAGUGUAACAGGCCUCAUGCGUCCAAUGGUCCACUAAAAUUCUCUGAAAAAUUCCAGCUCUUUACUCCAUUUUCAUUAGGAUUUGAAUUCAGGCCCGGUCGAGAAUAUUACUAUAUCUCUUCAGCUAUCCCAGAUAAUGGAAAGAAGACUUGUUUAAAACUCAAAGUCCUUGUGCGACAAUCAAACAGCUGUUCGAAAACUGUAGGUGUACAUGAAAGUGUUUUCGAUCCUAACGACAGAGUAGACAGUUCAUUAGAACCAGCAGAUGACACCAUCCAUGAAGCUGAGCCAUCCCGCAGUGAGCAUGAUGCAGCUCCAGCAGCGAGGAUAUCCCAGCUACUUUUGACCACUUCACUGUUUCUUUGCGUGACGCUUUUGACAUUGUAGUGCUCGGAAUCCAAGGAACCUCGGACAGAGCAUGGUCGGAUCUCCAAACAUCGUGGGUCCUGUAACUGCUCCAUUGAAGAGGGGGACAUUCAGUGUAUUCCAGACAUAAGAUUUAUAUUCUGUCAGGAGAGUAGAGAGCAAUUCAAGAGGGAUGAUAUAUCCAAACUGAUAAACCCCCCAAAAAUGCCAAAUUAUAUUUUGAGACUAAUGAUUCUUAUUUUCCUGCACGUUCCUUCUUUUUGUAAAAAAAAAUACCCCUAGGUGGCUUAGCACUCGUCAUCCAAGUGCAGACGAGAAACAAUAGUGGCAGAUGAGGUCACUGAAGAAUAAGGAAAUUGAACACAAGCCCAAGAGGGGUUUACUACUCCAUGCAAUAUUUAUACCUUCUCACUCAGUACCGUAAGAUGAUCACGCAAGGCAUCGUAUCACCAUGUCUUGAGGGAACUGGAGGGAAGAUAUUACGAAUAGAUAUAACCCCAUCUCUCGGGAGUUUAUAAUUGAACACGUGUCUCUGAAGGGAGAGUCCCUAAACUGGUGCAGUCACUGACACGGUCUGUAGUACAGUAUUUUGUGUUUUGAACACCUUUCCUCUGUAUCAUUAGUCUACAAGCGGGGCUUUGUGUUUUUGUAGAAAGUGUGUGUACACUCAGUAAUGUCUGAAAUGAAUGGGAAACACUGCGUAAGUGAGGAAUGGGUCAGUUAGCGGUAGACUACCAGCUUUUUACAGGACAAUGUGAAACAGGGGUUAAAAUGUAGAUUAGAAAUGCUGUUUCUUUUUGUAAUUGUGGGCUACUUUUCACGUGUUAAAAGAUCGAUUCUGGGGCACUACAGACAACCGUUUUUACUUGCAGUUUCAACACCCAUGUUCCACGAUUGAAAAACAAACGAACUGAGAAUGUAAAAAUACUGCAUUUUUUUUAUUUCCUGAAAAAACUGGAUUAGAAUCAACUGCAAGUUGUUAUCAUUGCUUUUUUCUGGACUGUUAUACAGUAUAUAAAAAAAACUAACUUGAUUCUUUUGCACAAGAUUCAUUUCUGACCAUUUAAUUUGCUCCAUGAGAUUUGUGAUACAUUGUAAUCUACAUUUGGUUCAUUUUUACACAGUUAUAUCACAUACUUUCCAGGACUGUAAUAAGAACUGGGAACAAUGCAGGACAUUGAACAACACACACUUUAUGUGUUUUUUUAAAAAAUUGACAGCAAGCAGGGAAAUAAGGAUCAGUGUGUUCAGUGGAUACUGUGUAUCCUGUAAUAGUCCAUAACAUUUAGUGUCAGUUUAGUGCAUUGAUUUGUCCCUUCUUGGGGGGCAAAAGGAAAAAAAAAUAAUACAUUGUUUAAAUUCUGUAUUAUUAGCAACCUAUGUUGUAAAUAGUGUUUGAUAAAGUAUUAAUUCGAUUCUUACAUCUUUUAUAAUUGAAUACAGUAGAAUUUCUGGAUUCGAUUAAGCUGUUUAAACUUACUGAUCUACGUUGGGAUGGAAGAGGAUGAUAUUAGGACAGUGUUGAUAUACUAUAGCGCCUUCAGACUGUAGUGUAAGCACUGCGGAGUGCUAUAAACAUUGAAAUAGGCGCUGCCUGCAGACUGCGUUGCGUCUAUAAUUGGUGGAUAGAGGGGAGCAAAACAGCGAUUAGAUAUUUGUGAUAUUCAACUCAAUGUGUUUGGAGCAAUGAGCAAUCCCAAACACGGAUCCCCUAGGAAAAGAGGCAUGUUGGCCCCCUGAAAGUCGAUUGAUUUGUGUUCCUGAUUUUUUCCCAUGGUUUUAAGUGAAUAUUUUAAUGGGAAGGUCUUGCCAGUAUCAUUGUGGCAUGCGCAUGGAUUUGAGUAAGAAAACAAAAGUUUGUCAGUAUAGUUUUGUAAAUUUUUGUCAACUGUUUUAUUUUCCCCUUUGUGUGUAAACAGCUAAUUACAACAGAAAGAGGGUUGAACACCUGUCUACAACUUAUACACUCUUCACUCAUAUUACCUACUGUAUGGAAUAGAAUUGGUCCUAUAAAUUUUAGAAGCUUUGAAAUUAAUCCACUCCCCUUUUAUUCACUCCACGUAGAUCAGCUGUUCCCUGCUUUCAUUCAUGCCUUCAUUGAGUGGUGAAUGGGUAAAUCUGUUCUGUUUGGCAACUCAAAGUUUUUCCCAUGCAUUAGCCCCCAAACUGCUCUGAUGCGAGACGAAUCUUCCUACAAUAGCAUUGCUGCCAUUGUCUGUACAGUUUAAUAGAUGCUGGCAUGUUGAAGGUUACUCAUGGAGUCUGCUAAAUCUGUUGUAGAUGCUUACUCUUGACACUCCGUUAGAGCCAAUCAUUGUGUGUGCGUCUGGAUAUCAGUCCAGCUCAUUGUUGUCCUGUGCCUGUACUGCCCUGCUCAAGAACCGCUUGAAUUGCAGUUUCUUUGCACUUAUUGAGGAGUGCUUUUUUGACUUGCUUAUAAGAGGGAAAAAACCCUAUGGUCUGCUGCCAUGUGGAUACUCUAUACAUCUGUUUUGUAUAUACACGUGACUGAGCAACUAUACAUAAAUAAAACUAAAGAUGUUCAUCAUUAUAAAUGGUAUGAAUGUUUUGUGUCUUUGGUCAUUAAAAUUUUGGAGAUGUACUUUAAAA